AUGCUCUCAGAGACCACAGUAGAAGGAGCCCGACGGUCUAUCUCUCCCAGUCAAGAGCCGGAACCGCCGCCGGUCGACAACGAGUCUGCCCCACCACCUCUAGACCGAGUGGCACUGGGGACUUUGCUCGUCCAGCAUUUCUCAAAUUCAUGGGGCCAACGGACGGCCGAGUUCGCCAUAUACCUCCUUCUGGUCACAUUGUUUCCAGACACACUCCUCCCUGCAUCGAUUUAUGGAUUUGCUACGACGGGAUCCGCGAUGUUGCUUUCAGGAUGGGCCGGUAAACUCGUGGACGAACACCACAACCUCCGCAUUGUCCGCACCAGCAUCAUCGCAGUCAAGUUCUCCGCUUGUAUAAUGUAUGCCGGGACGCUCGUCCUCCUCUAUCGUCCUCCUCCGGUCUCAAGCUCCAGUAACCUGUGGACCACACCUCUUGCCUCUGGAAUGUUUGCUCUCGUUGUCUUGGGGGGCUGCGCUCACAAUCUUGCCGGAGUCACGAUUUCUGUCGCCGUAGAACGAGAUUGGGUUACGACCAUCGCGGCGAAUUCCACGGAUCACCUCACGGCACUGAACACAUAUAUGCGGCGCAUCGAUCUUCUGUGCAAGCUCCUCGCGCCGUUGUUUGUCUCCCUACUCACAACCGCUGCAUCGUACCGCUUUGCUGCAAUCUUUCUUUGCGGAGUAGAGGCCGCUUGCCUGGUGUUUGAGCUGAUAUGGACUGAGGUAUCUUACCGCCGCUUUCCGGCUCUGCAUGAAGCACAAGCCUCUAAAGAAGCUGCGCAACGCACCCAUGCGCGCGACGAGCGACCACGAGAAACCCCAGCUCGCCCAGUACAUGCCAUGCUCUGGAACCAGCUCAAAUCCAGGAUGAAAGAAACAUACCUCGACUGGCGCGAGUUCUCGCAGCAUCCCGUAUUUCUGUCGUCGCUUGCCAUCUCCAGCCUCUACCUCACGGUGCUCAGUUUCGACGGGACAAUGCUGAGCUACCUGAAGGCACACACAUACAGCGACGCUUUUCUGGCAGGGAUACGUGGAGUGAACGUUGUAGCUGGGCUACUGGGCACUGUGGCGAUGCCUCUCAUGGAAAGGAAGCUGGGUCUCAUCAGGGCGGGAAACUGGAGUAUUUGGUCGGAGGUGCUAUGUCUUCUCCCGGUUCUCAUCGCUUUCUAUGUGGGUGAGCCGUCCGACGGUUCGCGAGGACCGGCCUGGAACGCCGUGCUACUGUUUGGAGGGAUGACGUUUUCUCGGAUCGGCCUAUGGGCGUUUGAUUUAUGCCAGCUGAAGGAGCUGCAGCUCGCACUGGCAACGCAUCCGAGGCGAAACUCACUGACUGCACUCCAGUACUCCUUGCAAAACGUUGCGGACAUGCUCAAGUAUAUCCUAACGAUCGUCUUGAGCCGCCCGUCGCAGUUCAAGUACGCCGCCCUCGCGUCCUUCAUUAGCGUGUGCGCAGGCGCCUUCACGUACCUCGUGUACGUUAAGCGGGAGCGUGGUCAUCUCCUACACCACUCUCUCGAGGACAUCAUCCCUCUACUCAAAAGGAGGACGCAAUAG